UUUUUCCUUUAAACUUCGCAGGGGAAUGGCUGCGUUGCCCAGACAUGCCCCAUUGUGUAAGUCAUGGUGCUGUCUGCAACUUCAAAGGCAGGCUGAUGGUAUUCACUCAGGAGAUGCAACUACUUACAUAUUACCCAAAGAUGAAGAAAUGGUCAGCCAUACCUGUUAGAUCGCCCAAUAAGCAAGGUUAUAGAGCUGCACUUACCUGGGAGAAUGCAGUGUAUCUCAUAGACAACUGUUCACCCAAAGUAUACCAGUACUUACCAGAAGGUGGCCACACAAUAUCUUACUUUGGCCAUUUCACAACACCACCGGUGAACGUGUGCAUGGUGGAUGGCAUUAUCUAUAGCUUUAGCCAUGACGACCUCGACGACAGCCAUGUCAUAGAGGUGUUGGAUGUUGCCGAAGCUUGCCCGAACACUGCCAAGACAAGAGGUGAUAAGAGCAAGCAAGGUUUGGAAAUGGAAGAUGUGAGCAGACAGAGACAGAAGAGUGAGAAUAGCGAAAGAAGUGAAAGUGUCGUUUCAAGUAAGGAGGAGGAGAGCAGUGGGGGGAAGAGGGGGGAGGAGAGGAGCGAGGGGGACUCCUCCUCCUCUCCGUCCUCCUCUUUUCGGGCUUCGAAGGAGAUCUGGAGAGAGAAGGAGACAGGACCCUUUAUCUUCACCACAAAAUGCCCGGCAGACACUACCUUCUCGUUAGGCUGUUUCCCACUUUUGAAACUGAAGUAAGGAAAUAAUUUGUAUUCGUUGAGGAUUACUGUGGAUGGAAGAAAUGAAAGAAAAAUAGAAAAAUGUGUAUAUGACAUUGAAAAUUGCAUUUUUUCUUACAGUGAGAACCAUAUAAAUGGCAUAUAAAGGUGUUAAUUAUUAAUUUCUGAAUAGACUGAUGAUGAAGGAAGCAUACAGGGAAUAUUUUAUACAUAUAUUUAUAUUUAGGCAAUUGCAUUCCUUAACAAGACAUUCUAUGUUUUUCUUUUUGCAAGAUUUUUUUUUUUAAUGAGAACAUUCCUUUUUUUCUCAGAGUAAGAAGCUGUUGAAUGUGCACUCAAUACCUUUUUGUAUUUAUCUCAGGUGGUCUCAUUUAGUAAUACUAUAUGACUGUAUCCAAGAUUUCUACAUUUCCUUUUGUUGUUGUCUCUGUAAUGGUGCUGUGAUAAAGAAUGGAGUUUUUUAGUAAUACACAACUAUUUCUGACAUGUGUAUUGCAAGGUAAAUUUAGCCUCUGUAGACAUUGGUGUAAUUAUGGCACUAAUAAAGUCAAAUUAGAAAUUAUUUAUAUAUUUCUGUUGUCAUACAUUUCUGUAUUUCUCAAGAUAAAGAUUUCCAUUUUAUUUUCU